AAAGGAUGGCUCAAAGGCCAAUCAAAUACGGAUAAGGUCUAAAAUCUUGAAGGAUUCAAAAAUUUCCGAUGAAUACACGUUAUUCCGUUCAGCCGGAGUUAUCUUCCAAUAAUAUCACGAUCACUAUUUCAUCGUCUGCUUCGUUAAGCUCCUCACCGCGAGGCGUAAACAGUCAUGUUGCUGAUGGUAAUGCUCAGGAGAGGUCUCCAUCUUCCUUUUACAUAAGGUUGGCUAUGAAGGUAUCUAGAGCUAGAUGGUUUAUCUUCUUGAGAAGAGUGUUUCACUAUCAGAACGGUUCAAGAUCCGACCUUGGCUCCAAUCCUUUUAAUUCUAGCACUUGGAUGAUGUCUGAGCUCAUUGCUCUGCUUGUUCAGCUCACUGUGAUAACAUUCACACUAGCUAUCUCCAAAGAAGAGAGACCUAUUUGGCCAGUGAGGCUAUGGAUCACAGGAUACGAUGUGGGAUGUCUUCUGAAUCUCAUGCUGUUAUAUGGUCGGUAUCGUCAAGGAAAUGGGUUUGUCCUCGGCGAUGUUGAGCAGCAACAGAGAGGCAGAGAAGAAACAAGGUCCUCUCACUUGAUGAACAAAUGCAGAACGUCGCUAGAGCUUUUCUUUGCGAUUUGGUUUGUGAUUGGGAAUGUUUGGGUUUUUGAUUCUAGGUUUGGUUCUUUCCACCAUGCUCCCAAGCUUCACGUCCUCUGCGUCUCUCUUCUAUCUUGGAACGCUAUCUGCUAUUCCUUUCCCUUUCUUCUCUUCCUCUUCCUCUGUUGCCUUGUUCCUCUCAUAAGUAGCCUCCUUGGAUAUAACAUGAACAUGGGAUCCUCAGACAGAGCAGCAUCAGAUGACCAAAUCUCUAGUCUCCCUAGCUGGAAAUUCAAACGAAUCGACGAAAAUGCUUCUGAUUCUGAUUCAGAUUCAGCUACUGCAACCGAUGAUCCAGAGUGUUGUAUAUGUUUGGCAAAGUAUAAAGACAAAGAAGAAGUAAGGAAGCUUCCAUGUUCACAUAAGUUUCACUCAAAGUGUGUAGAUCAAUGGCUUCGUAUCAUCUCUUGUUGUCCUCUCUGCAAACAAGAUCUUCCAAGAUGACAAAGCAAAAACCCCAAAAGCAGACAAAAGCUCUCACGAGUCAAAAUCUCUGAUUAAGUUCAAUACUUUUUCUUUACGAUUUCUUCUUUCAAAAUUUUUAGUUUUGGUUUGAAGCAAAGUCGAUUACUUGUGUGAGUGUCAAAUUUUUUGUACAGAAAGAGCUCACCAGUAAUCGUAAAGUACAUUGUGAGUAGAUGAUGCAAAUCACAAUGACCAAACAUUUAUAGAAUCUUAUUAUAGUGUGUAUACUACAUUUCAUUUUUACAUUUGUAUUUUUUUUUCAACUUAAAACUGAAAAACCAGAUAUUACUCCAAUAAAAUCAAUUAGGAUGU